AGUCAAUUGAUAUUACUUUUCAAUUUCUUUCUUCUGUUUUCUUAUAUUAAUCUAUGAUGUCAUGUAGUUUUGGCGUGUAAAGGUGUAAAUGUUGUUUUGUUUUUGUUUCAUUUGAUCUUUUUUACAUUUGAAAAUUUUCUUCCCAAAACACCAACCUUUCAAUUACAACUUAUAAACCCUUUUCUUAUUGAUAAAAAUUCAAUCUUUUUGUUCGUUCCUAUCUGGGUUUUGUUUUUUCUGGCUGUGAUUUCUUCGAAGAACAGUGUGGUGUUAAUGAAAAUGGCAUCUGAGAGAGAAUGUUUUGACCUUUCUGGACCACUCCAUCUAACUUCCAUUGAUUGGGAGAAUGAAAAUCACAGAAGGUCUGUUGCAGCGAGUUUAGUUCAAGGUGUCUACAUUCUAGAACGAGAUCGCCAGGAGAAACGGUUAGGUGACCAGGCCAUUGCGCCUCCAUGGUGGGAGUUUUUUCACUUUCAGCUGUUUCGUCAACUAGUAGACGAUGCUGAUUCUUCCAUCUUCGGUGCAAUUUAUGAAUUCAAACCUCCAACAGCUCAGUUUAACCACUCAUUAGAUGGAAGCCCGAGAUAUGUAAUAGCUUUUCGUGGUACCUUAACAAAGCCAGGCUCAUUUUCAAGGGAUAUUGAGUUGAACAUUCACUUCCUUCAGCACGGACUUCACAGAACAUCUCGUUUUGAGAUAGCAAUUCAAGCAGUACGAAACAUGGUUGCAUUGGUAGGCGAUUCAAACGUUUGGUUAGCUGGCCAUUCCUUAGGAUCAGCAAUGGCAAUGCUAGCCGGGAAAAACAUGGCCAAGACAGGCAUUUUCCUCAACUCUUUCCUUUUUAACCCCCCUUUCUUUUCUGCCCCCGUCGAGAGAAUCAAGGAUAAGAACAUCAAACAUGGAAUUCGGUUUGCUACAAGUGUGAUCACAGCAGGACUUACCAUUGCCAUGAAGGCUACUCAGCAAAGGGGUCCCUCUGAAGAUCCAUUUACAGCUCUUUCGGCAUGGACUCCUUAUCUAUUUGUGAAUCCUGCCGAUCACAUAGGCUCAGAAUACAUUGGAUAUUUCGAACACAGGAAGAAAAUGGAUGAUAUAGGAGCUGGAGCUAUUGAGAGGUUGGCAACUCAAAACUCAGUUGGGGGUCUGUUUAUGAAAGCAAUAGGCAAAGAAUCAGAGCCAAUGCACCUCAUUCCUUCGGCGAACUUGGUUAUUAAUACAACGCCAGCCCGGGAUUUGAAAGAAGCUCAUGGAAUUCAUCAAUGGUGGAGAGACAAUAUGCAAUUGGAAUCCAAGCUUUAUAGCUACAGAUAAGAUCAUUUAAUUUGUUUUGGUACUGUGUGAUUGUUUGAUAAUGUUGUCUUGUUACAUUGGGUAGUCAAACAUCAUAUGCAGAUGUUUUUUAUGUUUAUUCCUUUUGUUAUGGUAUCAUUUGUUCAAUCAUUGGUAGUUGUUAAUAUUAUCUCUAUAUUCAAGUUUAUAAAGCUAAUGAAUUUGUAUUUUUUUACCUACUACUAUUGAUUGAAUUAAAGUCUCAUGCUUGCAUGUGUAUUAUUAUUAU